CCAGCUUUCCCGGCUUUUCCGGCUUUUCCGCUGCCGCUCUCGCGACGUCGCGGCUCGGAGUUGUUUUCGAGGAGUUUUCGGAGUUGGAUUGUGUUUCGGGACGGAUGGCUCCGAUUUGAAUAGGAGUUCGAAGAGAGGAAACAAAGGUUCUCCUUUCACCAGAUGGUAACUGCAUAAAAGUGAAGAUCCAAACCGCUAAUUACUUCCGAAAUAUAUCGAGUGCGUUGACUAUAUCAACGAUUCCACUGGUCGAUCUCAGAUUUAGUCUCAUACAUUGGGAAACUCCUCCGCUUGUGUUUCCAUUGUCUGAGUUGAUUCCGGAUCAGAAAAGCCGGGUACAAACAUUGCCGGCGAUUGUUUAUGUGUUUCGGAGUUAGGGGGGUCGAACUGUUAUGAUUACAUCGUGUUUUGAAGUGUGCAGAGAUUGAAGCAAAAAUGGAGACUGAGGAGCUUAUCAAGCUGGUGGAUGGGAUUUACAAGAAUAUUCUUGAAAAAUUCAAUCCAGGAGCAAGGCAAAUGAUCAAUGCAGGGAAAGCAUAUCUCAAAGCUUUACAUGGUGCCGCCGCUGCCUCAAGAAUGUACGUGGACGCAAUCAGCAAGCUGGCUCGGCAGGCCCAACAAGGGACUUGGGGCGGAUCCUCUGAUAUCGGAGCAGCGUUAUUGAAGAUUGUGGAAGUUUACAAAGAAAUCCAAGACCAACAAAUGAACAUCUUGAAGGCAUUCUACGUGGAUCUCUUGGUGCCUUUGGAAACAAAUUUGGAAAAAGACACCAAAGUAGUACAGUCGGAGCAGAAGCGAUUUCUCCAACAACACAAACAACGGUCAGAGACUUACAGCAAGGCGGCAGCCAUGAUGAAGAAACAAAGGAAAAAGUCCAGAGGGUCCACUAAAACUGGCUUGGCCAUGGAUAAGGAACUCAAGAAUAUGCAAGUACUAGAAGAGGAAAAAACGAAAUUGGAUGCUUUCUGUGAACAAAGUUUGAAAAAUGCAAUGACUCAGGAAAGAAGGAGGUAUGGUUUCGUCCUAGAGCGACAAUGCUCUCUAUCUAAACAUUAUCUCUCUUACUAUGGUCACGGAGUUGAAGCCUAUCAAGAAAACAUCGAAAAAUGGUCUGACGUCGCUAAAACUAGAGAGUACCUGCCAGAAUCCGUAGAAAAUAUUUUCAGUAAUAGACUAAGGCAAAUAUCUGUGUGGCAAGACGACGACCUCUACUCCAACCCAAGAAGUCCGAACUUCGAAGACGAUCGCAUGAGCAUCAACUCUCAGCUGAGGAAGACGAAGAGUAUGGACGCUUCUUGCCUCGACAUCCGUUCCAUCGGCGAUGCCGGAUCCCCUGUCAGCACGCUUAACAGGGCGAAAUCCGAGUACAAUCUCAAUUCGUCCACACAUUCACUUGCUCAAGACCACACUCCAACGCGCCGUCCGAAAUCAAUGGCCGUCCCCCCACCGCCGUCGUGGGACACGCAAUUCGCCCGCGCCCUUUACGCUUACAUGUCCAGCGGAGAAAACCAACUCAGCUUCCUCGAGGGCGACCUGAUAGCGCUGAUAGGGGAGCGCAACAAGGGGUGGCAGUUCGGGGAGAACCUGCGGACGCAGGGCAGCGGCUGGUUCCCUUUGGCUUACACCGAGUUCCUGGAAGAUCCCACAGCAUCACCUACACAUAGAAGUGAUGCUGGAGGAUCUUCAGUCCACACCAAUAACUCGGCAACUCCAACUGGUGGAAACAUGUUGUCUUCUACUGGAUCUGGAACUCCUUCCGGUAACAAUGCGCUAGAACAACCCACUCGUAUGUUCGGAGAUACCCUGCAUAUACAUAGAUCUUCCAAUAAUGCAAAACAGAUUCGGCGAGCGAUCGGUUCUAACAACAUCCCCCCGCCAGCCCUGCCCGCCCCCGUGCCAACCCCCUCGGUGCCCCCCCAGAAACCCGCCGGAGUCCCCCAGUCGCACAGCACCUCGUUCUCCUCCAAGCUGCACAUGGACACCAGCACCUUCCAGUCGCCCUAUUCCACCACGCCUACCGGCAUCAAGUCGUCCGCGUCGACGUUCAACUUUUCCACGCCGGCCGCCGGCGCGUAUUCGACGCACCCGGCGCCUGCGCGGACUGACCGGCCGGCGGCGGUGACUCCGUUACCGCUGCACCUGCAGACUAAGGGCGGCAAAAUAGGAGGUCCCGUGGGCAAUGUGUCCCUCCACAGCAGCAACGACUCCGGGUUCUCCAACGACCCCCCGCCACAGCCGGAAAUAGACUAUUCCGAUGACGAGUCCAUUCCGGGACAGACUAAAUUACCCAGUCGAAGAAGAAUCCUCAAACAACUCGAAGAAGAAAAUCACAACAGAACACUUCCGAAUCCAAAAAGAUCCAAUACCAUCAAGCAAUCGAGGAGUCACGGUAACUUGGUCAAUGGCAGUCGUACCAGUACCAACACUGAUACAGAUAUCACUCCAAAGGAAGCUAAAAAAAUCGUGAAAAGAACCAAGUCUUUCUGGAAAUUUGGAAAAAACAGCUCUGAUAAUGAGAUACUAGAAGGCAUGUCUCUUUGGAAACAUAGAGAUUUAGUUGACGUUGAAAAGAAGAAGUUCAAAGUAAAGAAAGAAGAGAAAGCAAGAGAACGAGUGAAGAAAGAGAAACGUGAUAGGUCCAAUGAUUCCGAUAGAACCAUCAACAACAAUAACUACAAAGAGAAUGGAACUAUUGAGAAAGAGCAUGAGACAUUGAAACCGAACAAGAGCAUCAGACAAAGCAAAAGCUUCCACGAAAAACAGAAACUAUCUCUCUUGCCUAGAAAGGAAUCUAUCGACGAUAGAAUCGAGUACGAGGAUACGUACAAGCAACCAAUAAAGCCAGAUAAAUUCGAUGAUCAAUUCUACGAUGAUGAUGGUGAUGGUUUGAUGCUGAAAACAGUGAACAGAAAGAAUAUCCUCCAACAAUACACCAACAACUCAUCAGGCACAGAUUCUGAGACAGAAUCUGACAUGACCAGUGAUGAUCCGUACGAUUGCAUCUUAGUGGACGAUCAAAAAGUGAAGAAGGGCGAUAACCAUUUCCCUAACGUAGCUGAGUUAGGUAAGAAAUUGGAGAAGUUGUCGAAGAAGAGCAAGUACUCACCCAACAAAGACCUUGAACCUUCAGUUCAGGAGAAGAACAGUAGAAAUAAAAGAAGCAAAGCUGCCAGGAUCGAGAGUCCUGAUAAUGAAGAAGGGGAAGUGAUCAUUGAGUAUCAGGAUAAGCGGCACACCAAUGGAUUCCGGCCUUAUGGAAUCGAAAUCCAGAACAACGAGAAUGGGGAAAAGGAAAGGAUAGACAACGAGAGGUACCAUAAUGAGACCAAUGUGAAGCGUAGUGACGUGAAUGGACAUGAAAAAAGAAGGAGUGAGAGAAGAGGUCGACCAAGCUACGAAUCCAUCAACUCUGAAACGGAGCAGCGAUCUAGAGACAACAGGCGUCCGCAUGGGGAAAACGAUAAGAAAGAGAGCAGAGAAAAGUAUUAUGACUCCACCAAUGAUGAGUUAUCAGACGCUGUCGAGAACAGGCAGUUGCUCCCCAGGACUAAGCUGACGAAGACCAACAGCAAUAAUUCUUCUCAGAGUAAAUACGAGCAGGACAUCGGCCUGAUGGAGUACGGAGAGACUUUGCAGAGGAGAUUGAAAAAUCCCGAGUAUAACUCAAAGUUUGAUGAAAAAUCGCCUCAUAACGGCAACAUGUACGGGCCCUGGUAUGAUCUUUGGGGGUUGGAUUCGACAGGAACGGCUCGCAAAAAAUGAGAUUAGCAUGGCUUUGGUAGUUCAGUUUCAAUAGUAGAUUAUUUGUAUUUGCUUGAGUAGAUUGAAUGAAUAUAUUAUCAAGUUUAUCAUUUUAUAAUUAGCGAAAUAUCAUAAUAUGGCAGUAUCUAGAAUAAUAUUGAUUUUUUUAUUCACAUAGGUCCAAUGAAUACCUACAAUGUGACUCAGAACUUAUCGAUUCUUAAGUAAUUUGAAGAACACAAUAAUGAAUGUGGAAGUUUAUACACAUCUACAGUGUGUUCAUUUAAGUGUGCAACAUAUGGAAAUCUUUUUAAUGAAUUGCACAACCAAAAUACAAAUAUAGUGCCAAAAGUUGGUGCAUGUUCAGUAAUCAUUUUAGGUGCACUCAAAAUGGUUGCAAGUCAAACAGCAUACAGGAUAGGUCAAAAAUAUGAGAAUUGUCCAAGAGUAAAGUACCCUUCCCAGCAAACAUUUUGAUAUGGGGCAUCAAUGGCCUAAUAUAUUUUUCCCAUACCUGACUUCAGCGGCCCAAUAAAUGGUCCCAUAUGCGGGACUCUAUAUAUCAGUACACUGCGGCCGGCAGCUGGUCCCAAUGCUGGGUACCAGCAAUCAUAUUCAGUUUCCCGGCAAAAGGCCAGUACAACAUAAUCGACACAUUGAGUGUCCCAUAGCAAGCCCAGCAUAUACAUGAAUGAUGGGACUCUAAUGGCCAAUUAACGAGAUUGGUUACAUACUAUCGAGGUAGGGGAAGGGUAGGGGUUUUAGAGGUCCAAUGGAUCUGAAAGUUCUAGUACCUCUUUAUUUCACAAUAUAAACCUCUCAUCAUACCAGAUUCCAAGAAAACAAUUUUAUGAAUGACACAAUAAUAUCUUCUUAACCUCUCUGUUCUUCAAAGAUAAAACUUCUCGAUGUGACUGCUUACUGGUUGGUAUGUGGUAUCUGCAUCUUAUUGGGUAGCAUUCCUUCAAAGUUGAUUCUCCGUUGUAAGGUACUUCUGAAAUAUGAAUUGCAUCAUUAGUUAUAUAUUAGUGACCUAUGAGUCGCAUGAGUUUAUAACUUGAUAAUAUAGUCUGAUCACGUGAUAAUAUGAAGCUUUUCAAUUCUCAUUAUUUCCUUGGAACAGGUAUUUCUGUAGCUGAAACCUUAUUGUUAUUUAGUUCUUUAAUACAGGGACACGUUCACAUACCCUAAGAUUGCUUUCGAUAGCAACAAACGAGUUGAAAAUGAUGGUUGCUUUUGGAUAAGUUUAUAGCCAACUCCAAUUAGUAUGAUCAUCAGGUAUAUGAGGUUACGAGAUACCAAACACAUGCAUUUAAUAAUGAAAUUCGAAACACUAUGUAGAUAGAUUGAUACUUACUCAGUAUUAUCAUAAUUGAAGAAUCCGUCUUCUAUUAUUAUCUAUUGAGAAUACUCCUGCCAUCAUAAAUAACCACCAGGGAAAGAGAGGACCACAUUAAUUCCACAUAAACAAACUAGUACGCGAUCACCACUCACGAGAGUCAGCCAUCUUAGUGACAUAUAAUAUAUUGAUCAGCUGAUUGUUGAUGUCGACGUUCCCAGAACAUCCACCAGGGGGACGAGUAGCGAACAUGAAAUUGGCCAGCAAAGGGCCAGAUCUCGUUAGUAUUCAAUUAGUUCCAGACAUCUUACCAUCACGAGGCCAUCAUCGUAUUUUUAACUGAUGGUUACUUGAUAUAGGAAAAUCAUCGGCCCAUUACCAAUACCCCGGCAUCGUCACUUUCCCAGACUAGCCUGCACUAGGCCAGACUUCUCCCGCUAGUUCAAUGUUUGCUGGGCUUAUUUCAGAAAAUUCAGCAAUAUUUGAGAUUUCAAAUUUCUUUCGUUGAUAAUAUCCCAGUUUUUAAUUUUUCUUAUAUUCACCCUGAACAGUUCCAUGAGUUGAUCAUAACAAAAUCAGUUGAUCAUACCUUUGUUCAAAUUCAAAAAUGUUUGUGCAAUUAACUUGGAUUUAAAUUUUUUUAGGGAAUCACAAACUUAAUGCUUGUUGCAACGGUAUUUAGCUCAACUUUAAAAUUUCGCAAACAAUCUUUUUAACAAGGUAAAACGUCAUUAAUGAUGAUAUGCAAAUUCAAAAGCUGUCAUUUGAUGUGAACAUUUUGUAUUUGAAAUAUUUAUGAAAAAGCUGUACAAAUCAAUCGAUAACCAUGAUAUUAUUUGAAAUAAUCACGAAUACCCAAGGAACAAAAAAAAUGAGCGUUGACAGUAAACAUUAAAACAGUUUGGUAACAUUAACUUCCCAUCUAAUGAUGUUUUACCUUGUUAAAAAUAUGGUUUGCGAUAUUUUGAAGUUAGGCAGAAUAUCGUUGCAACAAACAUAAAGUUUGUGAUUCCUUAAAAAAGUAAAAAUCCAAGUUGAUUACACAAAUAUUCUUGAAUUUGAACAAAGGUAUUCUCAACUGAUGUUGUUAUGAUCAACUCAUGAAAGUGUUCAGGGUGAAUAUAAAAAAAAUUAAAAAUUGGGAUAUUAUCAACGAAAAGUAAUAUGUGAAUAUGUCUUAGGAGGCCAUACUUGGGUAUUUAGGAAUAACUUCCAAUUGUUAACAACUUUUCUCAAUAACAUAUUUGACUGAAAUAAGGGUACUUUACUCUUCAUCAAUUUUGAAAUUUCUUGACCUACCCUGUAUGCUGUUUGACUUGCAACCCUAAGGGCACCUAGAGUGAUCGCCAAACAUGCACCAACUUUCUGCACUAUCUGUAUUUUGGUUGUCCAAUUCUUAAAAAAUAUUCCCAUAUGUUGCACACUUAAAUGACCACACUGUUUAUUUCUUAAUAAAUAUAUCGCUGUUGAAUGAAGUAAUACACAGGGUAUCUCAUUCGACCGAUAACGUUUCACACGUGAUAGCCCUCAUGAUUGGUUUAGGAACUUGAGCCCUUCCAGUGGUGAGUUGAAGAGUUGCAGGUAAUUGAAGUUGAGAAGUCAAAUUUGUUCUUCGAAUAACUCAAAAAUAGCUAGUUUUUCUCUAAUCGAUUUUUGAUGGAAAUAUGAAUUAUUCAUUUCAUUCAGCGAUGCUCGAUAACGAUGAUGCUUAUAUACAAAAAUAGAUUUGAUUAACUUUAAAAAAUUUCGAAUACUUUUUUUUGAGCAAAAUACGGGUCCAUUCUGUUCAGAUCUUGUAAUAACAUUGCUAAGACAACAAUAUUGUUAUAAUCAUAAAACAUAACAAUAUUACUAUGCAAUUCUGUACAGAUUGUUUGUGUUUGGUGAAUUUGGUCAUCAUUGGUGGUUGUGCAAGUGGUGCAAGUAAUCAAUCAUGUCCAGAAAUAUGAAAACAACCAAAAGCCGGAUGAAAAUGAUCGUGUUUCAUUUCUGGAAAUGAACUUGCAAUUCAAAUGGAUUGCUGGUGUCUGAUGAUAUGAUGCCGAAAUUGUAGUCUGAUGAUUCUAAAAAUUGAAACUUCGAGAAGAGCUUUUCAAAAGUUGUUGGUUAUACAAGUGAACUUCUCAUAAUUAUGUUCAUAAUCAACCUAUUCUCUAAAUUUACAAACACUUGAUAGAAAUUUCAGUGAAAAUACAAAGAAUCCACUGCCAUUUAUAAUCUUGUUAUGACAUAGCAAGCACAAAAUUGAUGUUGCAGAUAUAGCAAGAAAGCUAACAAGAUGUCAUUGAAAUUGACAGAUCAUAUUGCCGAAAAUAUAUGAAUUCCACUUCUUCGAAUCUUGCUGUGAAAGCAAUAUCUUCUCUACAACAGUAUCGCUAUUCGCAAACAGAAUCGACCCGAAUAAUUGGAGUUUUUUUAAAUUCUAGACGAAAUCGAACAGGAAAGUCGGUACGUUAAGAAAAAAAUUGUCAUAGCGUAGACGUAACUUUUGAGUUAGGGACUGCCGAAAUAAUAUUAUUCAAUUUCCCAGUAUAACAACUUGUAUUUUUGUAACUGAUGAUAUCUUAUGUCGUUAUUCAAUCGCGAGGUCUGUCAUGCAUAUGAUUUCUGUCGAAUUUCACAACACCCUGUACACCAAUUUCUAUUAUAUCGACUUAUUCAUUACCCUAUUAUAAUAAAAUCUCAUUCCAUAUUCAACUCAUUCAAUAUGUUGUUCAAUUCAAAAUCAUUGAUUAUUUCCAGGUCUAACAAUUUUGCAACUAUCAAACUUCGAAAAACUAACCCCAGCACAGAUAGAACUGCUUCACUCAUCUUAGAAUAAUCGCAUCCUAAUAUUUUAUUAUCCACAAUCAAUUCUCGUAUUUUCAUGUUCUGUAUUGAAAAGUUUUUUAUCAUGACGUUUUUUUAUUAUCUGCCACUAGUCUAAUUAUUACUGUACGUGAAGGAUAUGAUCAUCUGAAUAUGUUGUUUGUUGUAUAUAAAGCUAGCUUUAACAUAUAAUAGAUAAAUUUCUAUAUCGUUUGUACAUCUUAUCGUUGCAUUAUCUAAUAACAUGAUUAUGAUUUUCUCUCUCAAAUAUAUAUGUCUUAUUAUUCAGAUAUAUUCUUUUAUGUGUAGGUGAUCUCUAUCGAGAUUUUUUUUGUUAUUUUCCAUUUAUUUUGUAAAUAGUUCUUAUGGUGGUUGGGAAUGGUGCAAUACAUAUAUCAUUGUAAUCGACUACUAACUUACUAUAUUGUAUUUGCAAUUUUAACGAAUUCCAGAUCAUCAAAAUUUUCAAUAAGUAUGAGUCAAUGAUCAAAAUACAGGCAUUGGACUGAUUUUUAAGAAAAUUUCUGUGAUAAAUCUGUUGGAAUCUAUAAUUACAUCCUUGAGCAAAACUAUUGGUAAGUUUGGUAAAUAUUUGUAUAUAAUCAAAUUUGUAUGAACUGUGUCAUAUGCUAAUUUCUUGGAUUGUUUGUAUACAAUUCAAUGUAAAAAUAAUCAAAAUAUAAGGAAUAAUUUCUAGAUAUUGUUAAUCUAUCUGAGCAUGUCCUGAAUUAUAUUGUUUGUUCAAUCGUCAGUUAUCAUCAGUUACCUACCUUAUUUUUGCAAAAGUCAUAUCCAAUGUAUAGGAUCUUUUGGAACAGGUGAUGAUUAAUUUGUUUGAAUAAUAUGAUUCUCAAUCAUGUUCCAUUUACAUCACAAUGAACUUUCAAUAAUAUCUUAUCAUUUUGUUAUCUUUUAUAUUCGAAACCCGUCCAUUUCACAUGAAAAACUUAUUAUUAAUUGAUUAAGGUAUUUGACCCUCCAUCUUCAUGACAGGGGCUUACUAUAAUCGAAUGUAUAUGUUGUCCACGAAGAACACUGUAACACAUUUUGUUUUGUAUAGCUAUGAUAUGGAAAUAAAAUGAUUGUUAUCAGUUAUUGUAUAUCGAUUUAUUAUCAAUAAAAUUUAUAUUGUUUAUGAA